UGGUCAUUUUUGAAACUCGACCCCACUGUGGUGGGAUAGGAGGACAGCCAGCGGCGCUCACUCAAACGUGCAACUCCUUAGCCUCACAGUUCCAAGAGAACUCAAGGAUCUGACCGGCCACUCUGCAGAAGGGAGACCCAACCCUGUUCCAUAAGGUGUUACGGAGGACAUCUACCAGCACAACGGACCUUCUUUCUAUAAGUAAAUGGCAUGCUAAAAGCAAGCAUGCCCUUCUAGGAGCUUACACUGCCUGCAUGUCUUUUGUCUGACAAGGAUGAUGCUCACAUCUUUCUGUCUCAGCGUGCUGAUCACAGGUGCUGCUGCGGCAGCUUCAGGCGGUGGUCAGCGGCGUGGGGGAGACGGCAGCCGCAGGAGGCUUCACCGUGUCCAGCAUGGCCAGUGCAGUUACACCUUUGUUUUGCCCGAGGUGGAGAACUGCCGGGGAAACCCGGAUCAAUAUGGAACUGCUCAUGGAGUGCAGAGGGACUCCCCUUCCAUAGAAAACGAGUGGUCCAUGCAACGGCUACAUCAUCUGGAAAAUGCCAUGCAGAACAACACCCAGUGGCUCCAGAAGCUGGAGAACGUCAUUCAAGAGAGUAUCCAGGCUGAGAUGGUGCAGAUCCAGGCAAAGGCUGUGCAGAACCAAACAGCCACCAUGCUGGAGAUUGGCACAAACCUCCUGACGCAGACAGCAGAGCAGACUCGCAAGCUCACCGACGUGGAGGCUCAGGUGCUGAACCAAACAUCCAGAAUAGAAAUUCAACUACUAGAAAAUUCACUUUCCACCAAUAAGCUGGAGAAGCAGCUUUUACUGCAAAUCAAUGAACUCUCCAAGCUUCAUGACAGAAACAGUGUUUUGGAAAACAAAGUCUUGGAAAUUGAGGCAAAACAUCGAACAGAAGUGGAAAGUAUCAAAUUAGAGAAGGCGAGACUCCAGCAGAUUGUGUCCCGCCAAACAAACACCAUUGAGAGCUUGGAGAAACAGCUGCAUUCAGCCAGUAACAACAACAGCGCCCUGCAGAAACAACAGCUACAGCUCAUGGACUCGGUUCGGACACUAGUAGAUCUGGUCACAGAAGGGAGAGGUGUUAUGAAAAAAGAAGACAAAAUAUUCAGAGAUUGUUCAGAGAUCUAUAAGUCUGGAAUUGUUAUCAGUGGGGUGUAUUUUAUACGCAUCAAGAAUAUAACCGAGCCUGUUAAGGUUUUUUGUGACAUGGAGACUGGUGGAGGUGGAUGGACUGUCUUUCAGAGGCGAGAAAAUGGAAGUGUGGAGUUUCAGAAGACCUGGAGAGAGUACAAAAUGGGCUUUGGAGAUGCUGCUGGUGAACAUUGGCUGGGGAAUGAAGCAGUUCACCUACUCACAAACCAAGCCUCUUAUUCUCUACGAAUAGAGCUGAAGGACUGGGAAGGAAAUCAAAAAUAUUCACUAUAUGAGCAGUUUCAGCUGGGCAGUGAAAGGCAGCUUUACAGGAUGGUUCUGAAAGGGUACAGUGGAACUGCGGGGCAGCAAAGCAGUCUUUUACUCAAUGGAGCAAACUUCAGUACUCGGGACUCAGACAAUGACAACUGCAACUGCAAGUGCGCUCUCAUGUUAACUGGAGGCUGGUGGUUUGAUGCGUGUGGCUUGUCCAAUCUCAACGGAAUAUAUUACACUUUUGGACACAACAUAAGGAAGCUCAAUGGAAUCAAGUGGCAUCACUUCAGGGGUCCAAGCUAUUCUCUCCGGUCCACUGCAAUGAUGAUCAGACCCAGCGACUUCUGAAAUUUCAUCCAAGGAAUCCAUGUAUAGAAAAGUUACAAUGGUGGGAGAAUGCCAAAUGUCACCAAAGGCUGUGGCCCAAAUGCACCACAUCAUGGAGCAGGUUUCUCUGUUUCUUUGCAGCCCCUUUGCUCUCAAAAGAAGGAAACAAUAUCAAAAAUGAUUGCAUUUGUAUAUAUGGUUCCUCUAGUAGCCUGCAGAUUGUUUGAAACUGUAACAUACAAGAAAAUUAUAUUGACAUUGCAAAUGUGAAAGAGCAAACUUUUAAAAUGUCCUUAGCUAUUCAGUCUCUUGACGUCCAGAGUGCCAUUGCCCAUUCCACUUCAUAAUCUUCAACGUUCUGAUCCAUCCAGAUGGUUGUAAUGUCAAACUUAGUACUGAAAGUUUAGAAGAAUGAGAGACAUAUUCAUUCUUGGCUCAAGUGCUAAUGCCUUUCACUCUCACAACAAAGAAAAGACCUGAAUUUUUUUGGGACAUCACUGCAAGGAUGCCUUACUUCUGAUCCCUCCUGUUGUUAUAAUAACCAAAUAGACAGAAUCAGUAGUGAGAAAGCGAAGCUCACUCAUAUAAUACUUGUCUCAUUUUAGUGUACUGUUUUCUUUUCACUAUUAAACCAUCCUUUCAAGCCAAG